AGUAGAUGGGGGCACUUUAUAAUCUUUGAACGGCUCUGGAACAGUCUUUAGAACAUUUGUAAAUUACUCCAGGAACUGUUUGAGGUGGGAUGCAUACAUGGAAGCAAUCAUGUACAGCACUUAAGUGGAUUAUGCAGACGGUGCACAAGAUUAGGGAUGUGCUCGGAAUUCGCUCCGGGUGGUUCGGUUUGAAUUUGAACUGAAUUCGAAUUGAACUGCCUGGUCUGUGAGCCGGUUCGUUGCUUUACAAGCAGAAGGGGAAGCCCUAUGGGUUUGAAAAAGCGCGACGUGCUGUUUCGCUGCCAGCCGCCGUGCUGGAGCUGUCAAAUAUCAUCUCGAUCCUGCCUCAAGUACGCAAGUGUAUCAAGAGGCGUCUGUGUGCCAAGGCCCUCUCCAGGAACGUGCUUUCUGUGCACCUCCCAGAGCCUUUGGAUGGGGUGGUAUAUAAAUGUUAAUAAUGAUGAAGAAGAAGAAGAAGAAGAAGAAGAAGAAGAAGAAGAAGAAGAAGAAGAAGAAGAAGAAGAAGAAGAAGAAGAAAUAAUGAUUAAAUAGCAGUGAUGCACCCUUCCUGUAGGAAUUUGCCCAAUCCCCUUUUUUAAAACCAUUGAGGCUAAUGACAUUGGCUAGCAGCAUUGCCCAAACAAAUCCUGACACAGACGAUAUCCAAGAGAGAAACUGACACCAGAAGAAAGAUGUAAAUGAAGUGCCACUGGCAAACUCUUA